CAAGGCCUUUUAGAAGCGUUUCUUGGGAGAGAAGAGGAGAGGGAUUUUCUUUCUUUCUUCCUUGGCCUUUAAUAGAGCUCGCUCCUCCAAAUGAAGGCGGAGGCCGCCAUGGAGGCGGCGGGCGCUCCUCCUCCGCCAGGCGCGAUCGACAAGGACGAUGACGGCCGCCCCAAGCGCCAAGGGACGGUGUGGUCGGCGGCCGCUCACGUAAUCACUGGCGUGAUUGGAUCCGGGGUCCUCUCCCUGGCCUGGAGCUUCGCGCAGCUGGGAUGGAUCGCCGGCCCGAUUGUGCUGCUCAUCUUUGCUUACUUGACUUAUUACACCUCGGCCUUGCUAGCCGAUUGCUACAGGUUCCCGGAUCCCACCACUGGGAAGCGGAACUAUCGAUACAAAGACGCUGUGAAAGUCACAUUGGGGAGAGUGGAAUUGUGGCUGUGCGCGCUGGCUCAGUACAGUAAUUUGGCUGCCACUGCGGUGGGAUACACUGUUACCGGUGCUUUGAGCAUGGCAGCAAUCGCUCGAGCGAAUUGCCUUCACACCAAAGGCUCGAAAGCGUUGGGAUGCGGUGUCUCCGUCAAUCUGUACGUGACGGCCUUCGGGUUGAUCCAGCUCGUUUUCUCGCAAAUCCCAAACUUCCACGAGCUAUGGUGGCUUUCGUACCUUGCGACAGCCAUGUCCUUCACGUAUUCAACAAUCGUCUUGGUCCUGGGGCUGGCGAAACUUAUAGGCAUGUAUGUUUUGGAUUUAUUUUUAUUUUUUUGUUUUUUUUUUCUCGCAACGCAUAUCUCAACUCUACAUGAAUUCGCAGGAAACGGUCGUGUUUCUGGUAGUCCUGGUGGUCUAGUGACGACCCCGGCUCAAAAGACUUGGGCGGUGUUCCAGGCGCUGGGAAACGUUGCGUUUGCCUACUCGUUUUCAAUGAUUCUGAUCGAAAUUCAGGACACGCUAAGAUCAACACCCCCAGAGAACAAGACAAUGAAGAAGGCAACACUCGUUGGAGUAUUAGCCACGACUGCCUUCUACAUGUCAAUCGCCUGUGUCAACUACGCGGCCUUUGGUGAUUCUGCUCCUGGAAACUUACUGAGCCAAGGCUUCGAAAAGCCUUACUGGCUCAUUGACUUUUCAAACGCUUGCAUCGUUCUCCACUUGGUUGGAGCUUACCAGGUGUACAGUCAGCCUCUAUUCGAUUUCGUCGAAGCCUGGGCACUGGAGAAAUGGCCACACAGCGCUCUCAACACCACUCACAAGAUCAAGCUCCUUCACUGGAGGUACUCCACCACGCUCUUCCGGCUCGUCUGGAGAAGCCUCUUCGUGAUAGCAACCACAGUGAUAGCCAUGGCGAUCCCCUUCUUCAACGACGUGCUGGGUUUGCUGGGCGCGAUGGGCUUCUGGCCUCUCACCGUCUACUUCCCGAUCCAGAUGCACAUCAAGCAAGCCCAGAUCAAAACGUGGUCGAUGCGGUGGCUCAAGCUCCAAGCCAUCAGCGCGUUUUGUCUAGUCAUCUCCAUCGCCGCGGGUAUCGGAUCCAUCGAAGGGAUCUACCAGGACCUCAAGGCUUAUACUCCCUUCCACGCUAAUUUCUAAAGAGCGCUAAGAUUUCAAUUUAAAUUUGCUAACGUAAUUUUCACUUAACCUC